AUGAAAGACUACAACUCUGUGGUCAAUACCGGUGAAAUGUCAAAAUAUUUGAUACCAACAAAGACGCAUAAUUUUACAAAAAUGUCACUCAAAAAUUAUCAAUGUUUUAACAAUGAUAUGAUUAUUAAAAAAAUCACUACUUCAAACAAUUACACAAGGCGACAUAACCUUUUUAAAGUAAAUCUCCAACUACGUCGAUACGGAGUGGGUCAAAAGGAAAUAAUAACCGUAAAGCACCGUACCUUAAAAAUCUUAGCAACCACCACAGGAUACCGACCGAUACACAACCCAAAAACACAAACAACACCAGCCGUUGAUGGAAUGUCCAGGUAUAAUUAA